AUGGCGGUUAGGUCCAACGGGAGGAAACUAUCGUUUGAGAUUCUCAGCCAAAGCAGCUCCUUCGAGGAUGAAUCACUUCCGUCAAUUCGCCGAUCUAGCUCAGAUCCGAUCAGUGGAAACGACGGUGCAGAAUCGCCUAGGGACAACGGGAAACGAAGGAGAAAUAAGAAGAAGAAUAAGAAGAAGAACAACAAGGCGACCGAAGUCCAGACUAUCCCGGAGAAUGGAGAAUUUUACUCGGCGAUCGCCAACGGUUCUGUUGACGAUUCGUGUGGUGUCUCCGGUGACUUUAGAGAUUCCGAGAUCGGUGGAGUACAUGACGAUUUUGAAAACAGAUUGAAUUACUUUAGCGGUGGAAGUGGUGGCGGGUGCGUCGUAACUCUAAUCGAUGGGCAGACUGUACAUCACAACGGGUUCAAUUUCGGCGAGUUGAGGCAGAGGAAUGUCAACGGGAGUGUCGACGGGAGUAACGAUGAUCGAUUUUCUGAUACCAUGACUUCUGAGAAGAAGAUGUACGCGGCGGCGGAGGAGAUCGUUGCGGAGCUGAGCUCCUCCGAGAAUCCACCGUUUCAUGAAGUGCAGAAUCAGUUUCCGAGAAGUGAGACGAACGGGAAUGCGGUGACGAGACUAGACACUGAAGCUUCUUUGGAUUGGAAACAGCUUAUGGCGGAUGAUCCUGAUUUUCUCUCUGCUGAGACGAGGUCACCUAUGAAGUACUUUAUGGGGGAAAUAUAUGGUGGGGUCUCAUUACGGAGCACAACGACUUCUGGGAAUGAUAUAGAACGCGAAAGAAUAUAUGAUACAAUCUUCCGCUUGCCAUGGCGAUGUGAAGUGCUUAUAAAUACUGGAUUUUUUGUCUGCGUCAACUCAUUUCUGUCAUUGUUGACAGUCAUGCCAAUAAGAGUCCUGUUGAUGUUCAGGGGGGCUUUUAAGAAAAGGCAGUUCAGGAGGCCCUCCUCAUCGGACCUGUCUGAUCUUGCUUGUUUUAUAGUUUUGGCUUCUGGAACCAUUCUUCUCGGGAGAACAGAUAUCAGCCUAAUUUACCAUAUGAUUCGUGGUCAAAGUACCAUAAAACUUUAUGUGGUUUAUAAUAUCUUAGAGAUAUUUGAUAAACUCUGUCAAAGUUUCUGUGGAGAUGUAUUCGGGGCCCUAUAUAGUUCUGCAGCGGGACUGGCUAUUUCCCCUCCUGAGAAAUUGAGAUUCUUCACUUGGAGAUUCGUUUCAGACCUAGCAUUAACUAUGGCUGCCUCAAAUAUCCUCACUACUAUAUUGCUCGCAAUCACUCUGUCAACUUGUAUCGUUGCUCACAACAACGCCUUGUUGGCCCUUCUGGUAUCAAAUAAUUUUGCUGAGAUCAAGAGCAGUGUCUUUAAGCGUUUCAGCAAGGACAACAUUCAUGGUCUAGUAUAUGCAGAUUCAAUAGAGAGAUUCCACAUAGCAGCCUUCCUGGUCUCUGUUUUGGCUCAAAACAUUCUCGAGGCUGAAGGUCCAUGGUUUGGAAACUUUAUCUACAACGCUACUAUGGUCUUCUUCUGUGAGAUGAUGAUAGACAUCAUCAAGCAUUCGUUUCUUGCCAAGUUCAAUGGGAUCAGACCUAUAGCGUACUCUGAGUUUCUUGAAGCUCUCUGCGAGCAGACUUUGAACAUUCGCCCGGAAGAUAGAAAGACGAAUCUCACCUUUGUUCCCAUUGCACCCGCUUGUGUGGUGAUCAGAGUACUGACUCCAGUAUACGCAGCACACUUGCCUUACAGUCCACUUCCAUGGAGAGUGUUGUGGAUGGUCAUCUUAUUCGUCAUAACGUAUAUAAUGCUCACAAGUCUCAAAGUUCUCAUCGGCAUGGGACUUAGGAAACAUGCGACUUGGACAAUGAAGCAGCAACCGGGUUUCACUCUUCUCUCCGAGCCGGAUUUUACAACUUUGUUUGAGAUCAUCUUUGUGAUCUUAUUAUACAUGUUUUUGUAUUCGAUGAAGCGAUUUUGGUAUCGUUAG